AUGGUGUCACCGGACAACGUGUCGCUAACUACUACGAUAAUGCAGUCAGACGUCGAGUUGGACGGUGACGAGCCACAAGUCUUGCAAGUCGUGGCAGCGCCACCCGUACGCAGUGGUGGAGGCGAUGACGAGACGCUCUGCUCAAGCGACUGUGUCAACGCCUCGAAGCCGGAGCGGUGGGUCGAAAUUACGGAGCGUCUGGGCUCAGCGCUGAGCAAGGAGCUGUCUGCUGGCGGUACUACACCUAUGUAUACCGCAGGCCAAGAACCACAUAAGUCUGUCGACGAAAACGAGCUGGAGCGCUUGGUGGAGGUUUACGUUCAGAAGAAGAACGAUGAAACCUUGGUACAAAGCAAGCGCACCGAAUCCAAGACCAAAAAGGUUGCCAUGACAGGUCCUAGUGAUGCAUGA